UAAGAGGUGAGGAGAGGAAGCCGACAGCGCUGCUCAUUCUAGUCUGCAGGAUAGCAAGAAAGAUGGUGGAGCUGCUCUGCAUGCAGGCUGGUUGAACGACGGGACUGCUAUGUGGCGUGGCACGGCGACUCGACGUCUCCGCCAGCGUCAACCAGCUGCAGGUACCAAGCAGGUGACUACUGUCUGGCUGACUGCUUGUUGGACGCGUGAGGCAGCGGUAACUAGUUCAAGCAAGCACGCCUAUACUACCUCGUCUCCUCAAAUCUGUGGUCGACCGCCAAGCAGAGUUAGCGAAGUGACUGGAGUUGAUAAUCGUGUGCAAAUCAACUACAUGGCAGCCAAGCGGAGCUGUGACGGGUGGCGAUGGUACGUCUAUAUGCAAGCGUCCCCUUCAAGCACUACAGCUGAGCCUGGUCGCAUUGUCGAAGUAAAAAGUCAUUUAUUCGCAGGUAACAUCGUUAAAUGGGAGAGAUUGUAG